UUUUAGAGUUUAUCUUAGAAAAAAACAGAAAUAAUAUUUCUGGAUAAUGUUUCUGUCUUAGAUCUAAACCAGGAUGUGACACCUCUCUGGGUGGACUUGGGCUGUUGAGUAGGAUCAACAUGGGUUUGAAUCCUAACUUGCCACUUAUAAACUCUAUGAGCACAGAUAAGUUAAUUUAACCAUUAAAAGCAUCAAUCUACUAAUUUAUAAAAUGUGUUGAUAACUGUACCUACUUCAUAGAAUUAUUCUGAGGAUUAAAGAGGAUUGUGCAUGUACAAUACAGUACAAGAGUUUCUGUAAUAUAAAUAUCAUAUGCAAUUGGUAAAUAAGGAAAUUUAUCAAUAAUAUCACAAAAGUCAUUUUGGUUCAAUUGUGCUUUUUCCUGGCCUGUUGAUUUUUGAGCUGCCAACUACGUGACAGCAGCUUAACACAAAGUACACAAAGUCAGCUAAACACAACAGAACCAAGGAAGAGUGCAAGGGAGUUAAAAAAGAAUCGAAUGCUUCCAAAGUUGUAUUACUCAAUAAACAAGUUAUAAAUGAACAAUCAAUAACCUCAUGUUUGUACCUUCUUCCUCACAGCUUUGGGAAAUGAAGGAACACAUCACAGCUGCCACUUUAACCACUGAUGGUAACGUGCUACAAAGGAACUGAGUGCGCCAGACUGGCGACGGGACUGAUGAGAGGUGUGGGACACAAGAAUAUUGGGAUCUUCAAUGGCAGGAGAAGGAGUGAUCAGAAGACUGAGAUGAAUUUUAACACUAUUCUAGAAGAGAUUCUUAUUAAAAGGUCACAGCAGAAAAAGAAGACGUCGCCCUUAAACUACAAAGAGAGACUUUUUGUGCUAACCAAGUCCAUGUUAACCUACUAUGAGGGUCGAGCAGAGAAAAAAUACAGAAAGGGAUUUAUUGAUGUUUCAAAAAUCAAGUGUGUGGAAAUAGUGAAGAAUGAUGAUGGUGUCAUCCCCUGUCAAAAUAAAUAUCCAUUUCAGGUUGUUCAUGAUGCUAACACACUUUACAUUUUUGCACCUAGUGCACAAAGCAGAGACCGGUGGGUGAAGAAGUUAAAAGAAGAAAUAAAGAACAACAAUAAUAUUAUGAUUAAAUAUCAUCCUAAAUUUUGGGCAGAUGGAAGUUAUCAGUGUUGCCGACAAACUGAAAAACUAGCACCCGGAUGUGAAAAAUAUAAUCUUUUUGAGAGUAGUAUAAGAAAAGCGCUACCUCCAGCACCAGAAACAAAGAAGCGAAGGCCUCCCCCACCAAUUCCUCCUGAAGAAGAAGAUAAUAGUGAAGAAAUAGUUGUAGCUAUGUAUGAUUUCCAAGCGACAGAAGCACAUGAUCUCAGACUAGAGAGAGGCCAAGAGUAUAUCAUAUUAGAAAAGAACGACGUUCAUUGGUGGAAAGCAAGAGAUAAAUAUGGGAUUGAAGGAUAUAUUCCAAGUAAUUAUGUAACCGGAAAGAAAUCAAACAACUUAGAUCAAUAUGAAUGGUAUUGCAGAAAUAUGAACAGAAGCAAAGCAGAGCAACUCCUCAGAAGUGAAGAUAAAGAAGGUGGUUUUAUGGUAAGGGAUUCCAGUCAACACGGCAUGUACACAGUCUCCCUUUAUACGAAGUUUGGAGGAGAAGGCUCGUCGGGUUUCAGGCACUAUCAUAUAAAGGAGACAACAACAUCCCCAAAGAAGUAUUAUCUGGCAGAAAAACAUGCAUUUGCUUCAAUUCCUGAGAUCAUUGAAUAUCAUAAGCACAAUGCAGCAGGACUUGUCACAAGGCUGCGGUACCCAGUUAGUGCAAAGGGGAAGAAUGCACCAACCACUGCAGGAUUCAGCUACGAAAAAUGGGAGAUUAACCCUUCAGAGCUGACUUUUAUGAGGGAAUUGGGGAGUGGACUGUUUGGAGUGGUGAGGCUUGGCAAGUGGAGAGCUCAGUACAAAGUAGCCAUCAAAGCUAUUCGGGAAGGUGCAAUGUGUGAGGAAGACUUUAUAGAAGAAGCUAAAGUGAUGAUGAAACUGACACACCCAAAGUUGGUACAGCUUUAUGGCGUAUGCACCCAGCAGAAACCACUUUACAUUGUUACCGAAUUCAUGGAAAGGGGCUGCCUUCUGAAUUUCCUCCGACAGAGACAAGGUCAUUUCAGUAGAGACGUGCUGCUGAGCAUGUGUCAAGAUGUAUGUGAAGGGAUGGAGUACCUGGAGAGAAACAGCUUCAUCCACAGAGAUCUGGCUGCCAGAAAUUGUCUAGUAAAUGAGGCGGGAGUUGUAAAAGUAUCUGAUUUUGGAAUGGCCAGGUAUGUUCUGGAUGAUCAAUACACAAGUUCUUCCGGUGCUAAAUUUCCUGUGAAGUGGUGUCCACCUGAAGUGUUUAAUUACAGCCGCUUUAGCAGCAAAUCAGAUGUCUGGUCAUUCGGUGUUUUGAUGUGGGAAGUAUUCACUGAAGGCAGAAUGCCCUUUGAGAAAAACACCAACUAUGAAGUGGUAACCAUGGUUACUCGCGGUCACCGACUCUACCGGCCGAAAUUGGCAUCCAAAUAUGUAUACGAGGUGAUGCUGAGAUGUUGGCAGGAGAAACCGGACGGAAGGCCUUCCUUUGAAGACUUGCUGCACACAAUAGAUGAACUAGUCGAGUGUGAAGAAACUUUUGGAAGAUAAGUAGUAUUGUGACCAGUGGCUUCUAGAUUCCAAAGCCCAAGGAAGAAAUGGCACCUUGUGGCCAACUUUUAAUUUAUUUAGCACUUGGAUGUAAAGAUUGUUUUACUAAAGUGGAAACACCUAAAGCAUCCUUGGCUCCAUGACUGAAUCUUCCAGAUUAUGGAAAUGCUGCCUUAGAGAUGGUGAUUGAAAGCAUUCACUUUUAUCCACUCCACAGGGCUUAGUGCCCAUACAGGUACUAUACCCAGGCCCCAUGGUUUGCCCAUUUGAGGGGUGCACAUGGGGCCAUGUUAACUGGUGCCAGUGGAAGACCAGGAUAUUUGGGAAGGGAGAAGGUAUUAGAGCCAUGUUCCAGCAAUCCUCCUCUUCCUUUUGACUUCUACAGAAAUCUGGGCCUGCGGCAUUGUCUAGAAUGUGGGUUCUGGAGGAACCAGGAACCCACCUUGGAUAAGUACCCAUCUUUUGUUUUGAAAACAUCUGUUUUCAAGACUGCCAUUAGUAUUACAAAACAUUUGUAUGUUGU